GAGGGAAGGAGGGAACGAGAUGUUCACCACACAAAUGAAAAACCUUACUUUGUCCUAACUAAUCUUUUUUUUCCUGGUGAAGCCUACACAUAGGCUCAAGCUGCUGUACCACUCUCAGUGCAGCACAGAGGCAGCUGGUCCUCCUCACUUUCUUUCUUUCUUUCUUUCUUUCCUUUUAAAUUCUCUUGUGCACCGGAGGGAGAUUGGGAAUCUCCGCUGACAACAGAAAGAACAUCUGUCUGCACAUCAGUGUAACGUUGCCAUGUCGUCCAUGUGCCCACAUCUUGCCUUCGGGCUCCUCUUUGCCUUUUGGAGCUGCUCUACUAUGGCGUUUCCUUUUAAUACGUCCAUGGAAGGCAGUGGAGAUGAACAGGAACUGAUUUUCCCAACAUCCCACGCCACCCAUGUACCUUCACCCUCACCAACGCCUAUCCUUAGCAUUACUACCACCUUUAUCCGUAUUAAGUACUUCCUGUUUCAUGACGUGGUGGACUUCCUGCGUGAAAAUAUGCUCCUCAUCAUCGUUGUGAUGUCGCUUCUCAUUGUCAUCAUCUUCAUUGCCUGUUGUGCCUCAGCUAUGAGCCACAAGCGUAAACUCGAAGCCUACUAUCCACCCAAGAAACAAACUCCCAGGAAGUACAUGACUGUACCAAACAAGGGGGUAGAGCAAAGCCUGAUGGCGCCCCACACAGUCACCACCAGCUAUACACGUGCUCCGUCUAAAGCUCUAGUCGGCGAAAAAGAGGGGAAAGAUCCCAGACCAAAACCAAAGGAGGUGCAGAAAGCAGAAGACGUGGAGGAGGUAGAGGUGCAGAAGGAGGACGUGAAGAAGAAGGAGGAACCCAAGCCAAGCACGUCCACAACCGGUAAAAGUCAGGCACCUGUGUGCACUUGCCACCUGAAAAAAGCAAACCAAGCCUCGCAUUGAGGAAACAGGCAGAUUGCUGAGGAAUGUCUUGUUUCAAAGGACUUGUGGAUUUGGAAUUGUUGCUGGGAAUAAAUAAUGUUCAGAUAAAUUCAUUGGAUGGAGAUACAGAUAAGGGACAUUCUCUUUCCGGGAUGUCUUUUAUUCAACCUUGUACUAAGCAAUUUUUCUAGCUGAAUUUAAAGGGAAAGAGAAUGUUCUUUCAUUUACCAACUUACAUUGCAUUGCUUGCAUUGAUUUGAGCGGGUUGCUUAGGGAUACAUCCCUUCUAGUACUGAAAAUGUUCACUGCCCGAAAGUGUAUUCAUCAUGUUAGUGGUAAUGAAUGCUCUCGGGCUUCGUUGGAUUGAAUUCUUUGUAUUUCUCACAUUUCACUGAACGUGGACAACACCCUUAUUAUAAGAAAUAAUUUUAAAUGUGUUUCAAAAAAAUGGAAAAAAAGGGCAAUAAUACUUAUUUAAAAUAUUCAGGUCUGGAAGAGUCUUAAAAUGACUUAGGAAAU